AUGGGGAAGGACUGCGUGCCCCCCGUCGCCAUGGUGCUCGUGCAGCUGGGCUUCGCCGGCAUGAAUGUGGUGUCCAAGCUGGCGCUGGACGCCGGCAUGAGCCCCUACGUGCUCAUCGCCUACCGCAACCUCAUCGCCGCCGCCUUCAUCGCCCCCGUCGCCUACCUGCUCGAGAGGAGAAGCGGGGCGACCGUCACCAAGAAAGUGCUCCUCCAGAUCUUCGUCUCCUCCAUCUUCGGGGCGACGCUGAACCAGGUGCUCUACUUCGUGGGGCUCAAGUCCACCACCCCGACCGUGGCGUGCGCGCUCACCAACACGCUGCCGGCGCUCACCUUCGUCAUGGCGGCCGCGCUCAAGAUGGAGACGGUGCGGCCCGGCACGCCGGCGGGGCAGGCCAAGCUGGUCGGCACGGCGGUUUGCGUGGGCGGCUCCAUGAUCAUACCCUUCUACAAGGGCCCCGUGCUCCGGCUCUGGGCGUCCCCGAUCCACUGGAGCUUCGCCGAGCACACGUCCUCCGCGUCCGCGCCCGCGGCAGCGGCGGGCGGCCACUCCGGGGCCGUCGCCGGCGACGUCCUCAUCAUCGGCAGCUGCGUCGCAUGGGCCGUCUGGUUCAUCCUGCAGUCCAGGAUGGCGGAGGGCUUCUCGGCGCCCUACACCAGCACGGCCAUCAUGUGCGUCAUGGCGGGCGCGCAGUGCGCCGGCGUCAGCGCCGCCAUGGACCGGAGCCUCGCCGUCUGGAAGCUCGGGUUCGACAUCAGGCUCUACUCCGUGCUCUACAUCGGGAUCGUGGGGUCCGGGAUCGGGUUCGCGGUCAUGUCGUGGUGCAUCCAGGUGCGCGGGCCGCUGUACGUGUCCAUGUUCAGCCCGCUGCUGCUCGUCGUCGUCGCCAUCGUCGGCUGGGCCAUCCUCGGCGAGAAGAUCCACGUCGGAAGUGCGAUCGGGUCCGCGCUCAUCGUUGCCGGGCUGUACAUGGUGCUCUGGGGCAAGGGGAGGGAGAUGGACAAGCCGGGCCUCGACAACGACAAGGGCGACGAGGAGGCCGCCGUUGGGCUGGCCUUCAACGGGAAGGCCGCGGUUGCAAGCAACCGGGUCGAGGCCGUCAGCCUGCCUGUGUUCUCCGCGACCAACCCCAAGCAGGAGGCGCCCCGGAACGGCAGCAACUGACCGGCGCGCGCGACGGGCGACGGCGACGCUCAAGCUGACGUCGCCCCACCUGGGCUCGGCCAACGGCGUGUCAGUUGGACGCGUCAGAGAUCUCGGAGGAGGGGCGUGGGGAAAAUAAGGCGAAGUAGUUUAGUGGAAGAACCGGGAGACGCCGGCGGCGAUGAUCGGAGGACAUAUAGCAUACAUGUAUACGGCUGCAGUUUCGGCAGCCUGAUCAGACUGUCAGAAAACGGAAUAGGAGACCGCACUUGUGGGAGGAUUGCUAGCUUGGGUCUCGUGGUGCUAGUGCUCAUGGGCUUGUGCUACUUGGGUGAUCUCUGAUCUGAUUUUGUUGCUCUUGCUCCAUUCGAAGU